GCUCACCGCCAAUCUUGCCCUUUGGGAUGACGGCCAUCGGCAACAGACUAGUAUGGCUUGCCGCUAUGCUCAGGCACUACAUUACAGCUGCAUUCCGGCGGUACCAGAAGCUGACUACCCAUGGUAAAUUAUUUAUCUGGGCUACCGCAUGCCUCUACGGCACUCUUGCUUCCAUCAUCAGUAUCAUUGGACCCGAACGCAUUGGCCAGAGUCUGUACAAUCUUGCACAGAGAAUUAGCCACCAGCCAUAUGGCUGGAUGAUAUUGGGUGGUGCACUGGUGUUCGUGUCGUUCCCGCCAUGCAUCGGUCAUACAACCCUCGUCACGCUUUGCGGCUACGCAUAUGGUAUGAAGGGAUUCAUUGUUGCUGCAGGGGGCUCUCUCUUCGGCUCCGCACUUGCCUUCGUCGUCUUGCGCUUUCUCUUCAGCGAGAGGUUGCGGCGGUGGUCAUCGUCCAAUGACAAAUGGCAAGCUCUCGAAACUGUUGUGGCCGCCAAGGGACUCCCCUUGAUCACUCUCAUCCGUGCAUCCCCUUUCCCUCCAUGGGUGUACUCGAAUGCACUGUUCGCUUCUAUAGAGGCUGUCGCGUUGUGGCAGUUUGUCCUUGCGACACUCGUCGUCUUCCCGAAGAUUGCUCUCUUCGUCUUUGUCGGAUCGCGAUUGGCAUCCUUGUCUGACGGGGAGCAACGGAGCCAUAUGGAUACCUCCACGAAGAUCCUUAACGUAGCAGUAUCAAUCGGAGGGGUCCUUGUAGCUAUAACUGCAAGCUGGAUCGUCUACCGCGCCAUGCAGGUCGAGAUCCGACGGCUCCAGGGCAUAUCACCGGAGAUCGACGAACUAGCAGCCGAAGCGUUGGAGGAGGCCGAGGAGGGCGCGCCUCUCCUUAGAAACUACAACGAAGGCGCUCCUCGCGCCUGAUACUAGGUUUCGUAGAUGAGGCUGGGCAUCGCUCUCUGCAUAUGUCUGUACUACUGUAAUGGACUACGAACGUUAUAUU